AUGUUGGAUUCGCACGAUGCAAGCAGCAGAUCGCUUCGCGUUCAGCUGACUCAACCGCAGAGCAGCUCUUUGGAACGUUUUGGCUAUGAGCCUCCACCUCGAGUGGCCUAUCCCCCCGUGAUCGAGUUCAUCAGGGGGCAAGCUUUCAAUGCAUUCAUAUUCGUCGUUUUCGCCGGGACGGCCAUUUGGAUUGGAGUCGCGUGGGUCCAGUUGGCCGAAGACAGCAGUGCAAAGAAAAACUCAAGUGGUGUGCCUGUGGAUUUGAUUCCACUCAUAAAGCUUCUUUCGGUGCCGCUGGUCUGUCUACUUUUCACUUGGUUUCAUGUCUGGCUGGCAUUGCAGAUGAAACUUGCCAUACAAAAGCCUUGCCUUUGCAGACGUGCAGCGCGUACAACUUUCUCUAUGUACCAGAUAGUAUUAUUUAGCCGUUGCAGACUCAUUGAACAAAUCUCGAUAGCUUAG